AUGUACCUGUUUGUUCACGUCGAAGCGGGGAAUACACUCGGCAAGCCACCGCCUGCUACAACAAGUCACAACAGCUCCGCCAAGAGACCAUUGUUGCCGAGCGCGCGGAAUCAAACGAAUGCGCGGAUCUCUUCCCCGCGAACAACAUCACAAAAAUCUAAGAAAGUAGAUACUGAAUCUGUAGUGGAAGAAGAAAACCACUAUGAUUUGGUUGCUGAACUGAUAGGAGAUCAGAUAUUCAACAUCGACAGAGAAGAAGAGAAGUCUUCUCCAUUAGGCAACCAGAAGGAAGAACUGCUUGAACCUGAUAAAUCAAUUAAGAAGAGAGGUCGAAAGAGAUCAAUUGCUCCAACUUUGGAUUCCUUGAUAAACAAAGUCGAAACGAACGAAGACUACUUGAAGGCCAUACAUAAUAAUCUCAAUAAACUGGUCGAAAUCGAAGGAAAACGUUUAUAUUUAGAGAAAAUGGAGCUCAAAUUGAUAUAUAAUUCCGAUACCGAGAUCGACAUCGAGAGAGCAGUCACAAAACUCCUGAAAAAUGAAGUCAGCCUCCGUACCAAGAGCCCCGAGAUAGAGGGUGAUUUUUUAACUAAGGAAGUACCACAGACGAUACCGACUAGAGGUAUAACACCUACUCCUGCCCCUAGAACAAGAGCAGAGCACCCCCCACAUAUCAUAGCAGAUGUUUUCAUUUCAAACUAUCAGGAGGAGAUACCCGCCCUUCCACAGAAUAUGCAUCGACUAUACGAGGAUAGGAUUUUGGCACAAAAACUUCAGGACCAGGAGAAAGAUUCGAUGGAUACCACCACUCCACCACAGGCGAGAUUGGAAAAGAGAAGGAGGGAAGGCCAGAGCACAACAGAAGAAAUAAGGGAAAGGAAGAGAGCCAAAAAUCCUGAGGGAGAGUUCCAAAUUCCUAGAAAAACCACGAGAUGGUCGGGAGUGUUCAAGAAAAGGUCUGAACUUAUUCCCAUCAAAAAUAGGUUCAAACCAUUAGAUCAUACCACGACGGCGGCCAAACAAGAUCCUGCAACUGAAAAACCGCUCCCGACCACAUCAGAUGACUCGUCGGACGAAGAAGGGUCGAUUGGAAGUGUACCGGAACAGGCAGCUCCCCAAACAAGGAGUACAACCAAAAACUCAGCCAAAACCCCCGCAAAAAACUCGUCACCGGUGAAACAACAGAAACCCCCGCCAAUAGUAUUUGACGGAGUUCUAACUAAUAGAAAACUGAUCAACGAAAUGAUCAAAGAAUUUACGAGUAAACCCUUCUACUUCAAAUUCGGAAGGGAGUCCACAUUAUUAUAUAUGGACAACGUUGACGAUUUCGAAAUGUUAAAAUCGAAGCUAGAGGAUGACGAAGUUGCUUUCUAUACAUACACGCUGAAAAAAGACAAGUCCCACGCGUUCGUAGUGAGGGGCCUGGACUUUAAGCCCGAACCCUCCGAGGUUAAAGAAGAUCUGGAGGCUAAUUAUGAUAUCAAGAUAAGGGAAGUGUUCGCGCUGAACACGAGAUUCAGGCCCCUUUACCUGAUAUUAUCUCUGAUUGGCUUGACUCUCAUGGAAUAUACAGCCAGAUUCUUCGAUAAAUGGAUCUUCGAAACACUCCUCAUAGGUCUAGGUGGAUACCUCCUGAUCUCCAUAGCGAUGCUUUUCGUCAUCAUCUUGGAUUAUCUGAGCCCAUUCACAGAGGUGUUGUUCGCUGCAGCAGGAUGCAUCAUCAAUAUGAUCGGAGGAAUCUUCACGUUGAUACGGUACAUGCAGAGGUACCAUUUCACGAAUUGGUUCUACAUCAUGUACUUUUCUGGAGAUGGCGGAAACACAGUGGAACUAGCGCUUGGUAUAACGUCCAUCAUUUUGGCAUUGGUGUUCUCUUUAGAUUUCUUCUUGAAUAUGAGAGAAGGUUUAGCGAUCUCACGGGGGGACUCAUUAGAUGAUAUUGAUCUGGAAUGAUACUCAUUUUAUUGCAUUUGUGAACAAGUCAGAGAUUGCAGAUUAUUUUCAAUUGAUCAUUAUCCUUAUAUAAAUAUAUAUGCCUAAUGUUAUGCCAAAACUGUAUGGUCUUAUAUCAAAUGUGCGAUAUUGAUCAUUGGAUAAAAGUCUUGAGUUCAUGUACCGAUUCCUUUAUUUUUUGUCACCUUUUGUAGCAUUUUAACCGUUGAGGCCUUUGCAGGUAUACAGGGGUGAAACUAGAUGACUUGUAAAAGUAGUAAUAUAUUUUGUUAUACUAUU